CACUUCGCUUUCGUUUGAAAUAAUGUCGUAAUUUCUCUGAAGAAUCACUGCAUUGUCGGAUCGUGGAAGUCAAAGCCUUAUCCUUUAUUUGUUUUUAAAAUCGUGGAGGCUCUACUUCUCCACGAAGGAGCCAAAGCGUUUGCCUUGUGAACCAAUCUUAUACUUUGGAAAGAACCCUACAUGUUGGAUACAGCAAAUUUUCGAACUCUAAGCUUGUUGAUUCGCUUGUUUGAGAAAUUUCACCAGAUGGGUCUGUGAAAAGUUUCCAUCUUUCUUUUUUUGUUCCUCUCCGUUCGUUGAUUCAAGUUUCAGGUUUUUCGAUUCGAAGGAGACUUGUGGGUUAUAUGGAGAGUGUGGGAGAUGCCUGUUACAGUGGCUAUGGUGUCUCAGGUCCCGGACAUGGAGGCAAAGGGUUUGGUUCCUGACACGAUUCAUGCAAGCAAUACGGUCAUGUCGGUGGCGGACAAGCCAGUUUCAUCGGGGCUAAUGGAGGAUAAAAUCUAUGUAGCGGUGGGAAGAGACGUGGAGAGCAAAUCCACUCUCAUCUGGGCAUUACAGAACACAGGAGGCAAAGAGUUCUGCAUCUUCUACCUUCACGAGAUGCUCCAUUUUUCAACUACAGGCAUGAAGCUACGGGAUGAGCACAGAAACGAAAGGCAGAAAGCAGAGAGGUUCUUAGACAAGUACCUCAAUAUAAGCCGGCAAAUGGGGGUCCGGGCAGAGAAGCUGUACAUGGAGACAACCUCCAUAGAGAAGGGCAUAGUGGAAGUGAUCUCCCAGCAAAGAGUUAGGAAGCUCGUCAUGGGAGCAGCUUCAGACAGAAACUAUUCCAUGAGAAUGAGAGAUGUGAAAUCCAGGAAAGCCAUCUUUGUUCGCCAACACGCACCUCCUACUUGUCAUAUAUGGUUUACCUGCAAUGGAUACCUAAUCUGUACAAGGGAAGCUGUAAUGGAUAACAUCUAUCUAGAAUAUGCAUCUCCACAUCAAUCUGUUGAGCGACAUGUUUCUCGAGUUCAAAGCACCAGUUCUGGCCAAGAUUCAGUUAGCAGACAAUCUGGCAUAACCACAGGAAGUGAAAGAGCUCCCAGUUUCCCCGAGGGAGCCAAAGAUGAAGCAGGUUAUGAUCAGAUCCGAGUGGCUCUGGCAGAGGCUGAGAAAUCAAAACAAGAAGCAGUCUUGGAGGCGAACCGACGCCAGAAAGCUGAAAAAGAUGCAAUUGAUGCAACCACAAGGGCCAAACGAUUGGAAAGGGAAUAUUCCGAGGAGUUGAAAAGAAGGAAAGAAGCCGAGAUAGAAGCUGGGAAAGCAAAGGCAGAGCUUGGAAAGAUAAGAUCAUUCUUUGACAACCGAAUAGCCGAAUCUGAGAGGAGGGCAUCAAAACUGCAACACCAGUAUAACUUAGCAGUGAGGGCAUUGCAGAGGUUCAUGAAAGAACGAGAUGAGCUGCAGGCAGAACUCAAUAAAGCUGAAGGGCUGACGAGGAGAAACCGGGCAGAGCCCCCUCAGUGUUUCUUCUGCCCCAUUCUAAAGGAAAUCAUGGAGGAUCCACAAGUAGCAGCAGAUGGAUUCACGUACGAGGCAGAGGCUAUAAGACAAUGGCUCGAGAGAGGACACGACACUUCGCCCAUGACCAAUACAAGGCUUCCACACACUGGACUUGUCCCGAACCUUGCUCUUCGGUCCGCUAUCCAAGAAUGGCUUCAACUAAGACAGACCAAGGAAGUAAUCUCCCAGACAUAAUAUGCAAUAUAAAACAUACUGUAUAUACACAUAUAUAUACACAUAUUGUUGGAUAUAUUUGUAACGAGAGGGCCUAUAUGUAUGUUAUCCCCUCGUGGGUGCUGUCGCUGUAAAAAGUCGUGUGGUUGGACACGUGUCCUGCUAUGAAUGGUUCAUGUAUCUUUUCUGUA